AUGACUGAUAAAUACAAGCAAGUAUUCACUGCUUUACAGUCGACGAUUCGGACGGCUUCUGGCGUAGCAGCACAGGACAUUUCGUUCUACCGCCGACUCGACAAACCACUGGACCAAUCGGCCAAAAAGCAAUCUGAAAAACUACUUGGUCUCGCAAACUACAUUAUGCAAAAUGUCGCCAAAGGCGAGGUCGAUGAAAUUGUUGCUGAAGACACUUCUGACGAUUUGACAGAUAACUGGCACGAAGUUAAUGUGGCUUUGGAUACCCUGACGUUUAAAAUUGACAACUGUCUUGCAGCACACAAGAAGCAACAAAAGAAGGAGGACUCGAAAGCAACUGCUGCAGCUGACGGUCAAAAGAAGCCCGGUGAAAUGAUUAAGAUUACAGACGGUCGUGCUGAAGCUUCUGGAGAUGUUAAGCGUCAUCAAUUCGAUCUCCCCAAACCCCAGCUUAAGUUUAAAACUCCAGUCGAUAACUCCAAAGACAAACCUUUCCACCCACGACUGACAGAAAAGCCCAACGCCAUUGUGUCAUUCGAAGAAACUGUCAAGUUGACUGAGCCAAGCGAAGAAAGCGGCCUUGCUCGUCCUUAUUUCCCUCAGCCUUAUGAACGCGAGAUUAUGGACUCCUCAUACCCCAAAACAGUUUACGAAAAGCACGACCCUGUGCCCUCGCUGCCUUGGUCCACAACUGAACCUAUUUGGGUCGACACACCGGAAAAACUCCAAAAGAUGAUUGAUCAAAUUUCAUCAGCUAAUGAGCUUGCUCUUGAUUUGGAGCAUCAUGAUUACCGCUCGUUUCUGGGCUUUACAUGUUUGUUGCAACUUUCAGAUCGAAAAUCGGACUUCAUCAUCGACACACUUGCCCUCCGAGAUGACCUGCAACCUCUCAACGAGAUUUUCACUAACCCCCAAAUUAUCAAAGUCUUACAUGGUGCAUCAAUGGAUAUAAUCUGGUUGCAACGCGACCUCGGUCUUUAUAUCGUAUCGCUAUUCGACACGUUCCACGCAUCUAAGCGACUUGGCCUUAAGCGCCAUGCGCUCGCAUACCUGCUCGAAACAUACGCCAACUUCCAAACAUCUAAAAAGUAUCAACUUGCAGACUGGCGUAUGAGACCCAUUCCAGCCGAAAUGCUGAGUUAUGCGCAGUCCGAUACUCACUUUUUGCUCAACAUUUACGACCAGAUGAAGAACCAGCUCAUAGAUAACAAUGUGCUUCCUCCGGUUCUUGAGGAAUCUCGCAAAACAGCUGCCCAACGAUUUGAAAAUCCUGGGUAUGACACAAGCAAAAAGGCUCUUACUGACCCUUUCAACGAGCCUCUUGAACGACUUAUUUUCAAAAACAACCUCGACCGCAAGCAGCGCGUUUUCCUUGAGGCUCUUUACGAUUGGCGUGACGCCACAGCACGCCGCAUCGAUGAAUCUCCAAGUUUUGUGAUGCCAGUACAUACCCUUAUAGCUCUUAGUUCGGCAAUGCCUCUUACAGUUUCGGAGAUUCUCCACAAGGCUGGACCUCAAGGGUCUCGACUUCGCGAGUACUCCAAGGAAUUACAGAAACUCAUGGUUGCUGCAUCUAAGGUUGCUGCUAAUAUUUCCGAGACCGAACCUACUAAGGUUGACGACGUUUCUAUUUCAACAUUUUCUGCUGGUGUUGUCGAUUAUGACUCUAUUUUGGACAACCUGGAUGCUUACGAAAAGAGCUUUCAAACCGCUCUUAGUCUUCAGCGCUCUUUGUUUGAGGAAAAGAAUAUUUCCAAAAUCACUAAGAAACUCAGCAAACCUGUAUCUCAAUUCUGGGGAGUUACAUUGCUGUCACUUCCAGACAGCCCCGAGGAUGAUACCCAGUUCUUCCCAAUUGAACACUUCCCCGAAGGUAUUACCCUAUAUGCCAGCACUGUUGGCAAUCCUACAAAACAAGUGGAAGAAGUCCAAGAGCAACAACCACAAACAGAAACAACUGAUGAUCGGGAAACUGUGUUUAUUGGUCAGAGCAACGAGACGAAGGCAUUGUCAUCAACAAUGGAUGCUAUUCGGGAACAAGACUCCAAGUCUCGUUCGGCUGAUACCAUCAUGAUGCCGACUGCUGCAGAGUUGCUGGGAAGCGGACUGCGGCUGCUUACCAAAAACGAGAAAAAGAAAAUCAAGCGUGAAAAGCGACGUGCAGAAGCUUUGGAAGCUGGAGAACAAACUACAAGCAGCGAUGCGGCUACACCCGAGCCUGAAGAGAGCCAAAGCAAGAACAAGAACAAGAACAAGAACAAGAAUAAGAAGAAUAAACGUGCCAUUUCUGAAGUCAAUAAUGAGGAGGAUCACAGCAAGGAAACUAGCCCUAAGAAGGCUAAGAAGGACGAUGACGUGCCAUUUGACUUUGCCACAGCGCCUUCUGUUCUCAACAGUGUGGACGAUAAUGGAGCCAAGUCUAAGAAGAAGAAAAAGGCAUUUAACCCUUACGCAGAAAUCACCCCCACACUUACUGGAGCCGUCAAGAAGAAUGUUGCAACUCAGAUCAAUGCAAACACUUCUGUUUCGUACAAAGUAAAGUCCCAAAAGAAGUAA